AUGGGUAAAAUUAUGAAACCAGGCAAAGUCGUUUUAGUUCUAAGUGGGCGUUAUGCUGGAAAGAAAGCCAUCAUACUUAGAAACUACGACGAUGGUACAUCUGCCAAACAAUAUGGCCAUGCUUUAGUAGCUGGAAUUGAUAGAUAUCCAAAAAAAGUACACAAAAGAAUGGGUAUAAGGCUGGAAAGAACAGGUGGUUUUUCCAAAAACUCAGAUUCUAAUUGUAUGUGA